AGUCUGAGAUGAACAAAAACGGUUUGGUGGUGGAUAUGGCAGAUGAGGCGUAUAAAUUGUCUUCUCAAAACGUAGAGCAUAAUGCUCGAGGUAUUACAAAGUUAAUGGGUAUACAGAAUUAUUAUAAGAGAAAUUAUAGAUAUUACAAUGGUGAAAUGUGGCAUGCCUGCUGGAUUGUUCGAGUGUUGGAAGAAUUUUGGUCGUGA